GAGGGGCGUGAGGAGCAGGCAGUAGCCAACCCUUCAGCUAGUCUCUGCUCUGUCUGUAACAAAACCCAGACCACCAGACCCAGGGUAAUGGAGGCUAUUUAGACAGGAGCAGAAAUCCUUGCAUCGUUUAUCAAAAAAAACAUCUUUUCACCAUCACAGGAGACUCACACAUUCCCAGCAGAGGGGAGCUCUGUCUACUCCUCCCUUCAGAGGAUUUAUUGAUUAUUUGUACUUGCAAUUAAGUUCUCCUGAUGAUGUUACCAAGCCCAAUCACUUCCACACCUUUCUCUGUCAAAGACAUUCUAAAAAGGGACCACCAGGCUCAACAGCAGAUAUUCCACCACCAUCAACCCCAGCAACAGCAGCAAUUCAGGGCCCACCUAGCACAGGUUCUGGACCCUGAGUUCUCCUCAUGCAUGCCAGUAGCUGGAGAGAAUUCUGCCUAUACAGGUGGGGAGGAUAAGCUGCCCUAUUUGGAUUCUACAGGGGCCCCUGGAGGACAUGGAGAUAUUGGGGUCUCUCCUGAAGGAUAUGUUCAUGGAGCCCUCAGAGAUACUUGUGAUCCUAAAGAGGAAGAAGAAGAUGAAGAGGAAACCCAAAGGGACACUAGUCACAACACUUGCUUUAUGAAGAAGUCUCCUGAUAGUGAUGAGAAACACGAGGACCCAGACAGGCCCAAACAGAGGAGCCGUAGGAAGCCAAGGGUUCUUUUCUCACAAGCCCAGGUCUUUGAGCUGGAAAGAAGGUUUAAGCAGCAAAGAUACCUCUCAGCUCCAGAGAGGGAGCACCUGGCAAACAGUUUAAAACUCACCUCUACCCAGGUGAAAAUCUGGUUCCAAAACAGGAGAUACAAGUGUAAGAGACAAAGGCAAGAUAAGUCUUUGGAAAUGGGCAACCAUCACCCACCCCCACCCAGAAGAGUGGCAGUUCCUGUACUGGUCAGGGAUGGGAAACCUUGCAUUGGGGGUGCUCAGAGUUACAACACAGCCUACAAUGUGUCUGCUAGCCCUUAUUCAUAUAACAGUUACCCAGCCUAUAGCUACAACAACAGCCCUUCCUACAACACCAAUUACAACUGCACUUAUUCUGGAAUACCUUCUAUCCAACACAACGCAGGAGCAAAUCCAUUUGUGAACAUGGGCAAUUUAAGCCAGCUUGGAAACACAUCCCAGCCUCAGAGUCACACAGGAACAUCAGUACCAGCUUGUCAGGGAACAUUACAGGGAAUCCGGGCCUGGUAGGACUUACUAACAUCCAGAAUGAGCUGGGUGGUCUGAACAUGACCAGCUCUCCUGUCUAUAGAGGACGUUGGUGGGAGCAGACGACAACCUAGCUGCAGGAUCCAGCGGAUGCAGGACAGAUUUGGAGAGCCUGUACAGUUCCAUCUGUAAAGUGCAACUCCCAUCAUCCCCAGACAUCCUUUAGAGCUUCACUGGUUGGACUUAAGUGUUGCGUGGCCUUGCGUGGACAGUGCAAACGGUGGAUUUUCUGUUAUGCAGAUAAUGUGUAUCUAGAACCACAGAAGAUAAAGAAUGAGACGCAUUAAGGUAUUAUUGCCCCCCUCCCCUCAAAAAAACUAAAAAAUACA